AUGAAAGUUGAAUCUGCUGUUGUUGUAUUGGGUGCUUUCGCUACAUCUACAUUAGCUGGGAAAGUUUACAAUUCUACUUCCUUUGUCACACCAAGUGAAACUUCAAUUGAUUAUGGUGAUCUUACUAAACUUCCAUUUACAUUGCCGGGUUUUAGCACCAAAGCAAGUAGUUCUGCUGUUAGUUCUGUUACAAGUUUAAGUUCUUAUGUGAACACCACCACUUCAACAGCCCCAGGCUCAAGUACCUAUGCUAAUGUUACUUCCAGUGGAUCUUUGGUCACUUCUAGUCAUUAUUCAAAUAUUUCUACAAGUGCUUCAGCUGUUUCUUCUGGUUCAGUAAUUAGUUCCUAUGCGAAUGUUACUACUUCUGUUCUUUCCAGUUUAUCUUUGAGUGCUUAUGUUAAUACUUCAAGUACCAUUGUUUCCAGCGGGUCAACAAUUACACCAACUGCUUACUACAAUACAACAUCUAUUUCAUCAACAGCUAUUCCAAGUUCUUUUGCCAACCACACCACUGAAAUUGUCACUAGUGUUCCGUCUCUUGUUACAAGUUCAUAUUCAAAUGUUACAGUUUCCACUGUUUCGUAUGUCCCAUCGGAAGUUCCUUCAAGUUACUCCAACAGUACUUCUACAGACAUUUUAUCGUCUAUAGAACACGUUACGUCAUCUUCCGCCCAUGUUAACUCAUCCACUGUUGUUGACUCCUCAUUUGUUGAAUCCACAUUACUGGAGAUUUCUGAAUUUUCAACCAAUGCCCCAUCUUCUGAUGAUAUGGUUACUGUCUCUUCAUUCAAAUCCCAAGAUUCAUCUGAAGUUAUUCCAACUGAAACCAAAGUUCCAUCAAGUGAAACUGAAGUAACAUCACACAGUACUAAAUCUAAUGGUCAAGUUGUAACUGUUACUUACACAGUUAAUCCAUCUUCUAAUACUGAUGAGGAAACAUCAAUAUUUACUAAAUCAAGCACAGAAUCUAAUGGUCACGUUGUCACUAUAACUGUUACUUCUUCAUAUGAAAAAGAAACUUCUAAAACCAGUUCUGGCUCUACUAUUACCACCACAUAUUCUACACAUACCAACCCAACUACUGUGAUUUCUACAACUGAUUGUGUUAAUGGUCAUUGUACUGCUACUACUAUCGAGACCGGUAUUGUUGUUGUUACUAUCACUGUGCUUAAUACAGAAACUGUUUACACCACUUAUGGUCCAAUAACCAGUGUUGAAACUAUUGUUACCGAACUUCCAACAUCUACUGGUUCCAGCUCAGUUUUCAAUGAUGGUUCUCCAAGUUUGACUACUACUGUCUCUACUGCUGAAUCAACUACUACCAUUGUUUCUACUGCGUGUGGUCCUAAAGGAUGUUCGACUGAAUCGAUUACAACAGGUGUUAAUGUUAUAACAGUUACUAUCACUGUUGGUCGAAGCACCACAGAAAGCAGUUACACUAGUUUGGUUCCACUUACAUCGACUAUCACUUCUCAAGUCACUUCAAAAGAUAGUACCGCAGAUAGUGCCACUACCAGUGUACCAGAAGUUUCCAGUGAAAUUGUUACUUCAGUAACCACCAAGACAGCUGAUUCUACUACCACAAUCACAACCACUUCUUGUGGUGCAGACGGAUGUUCUACUAAAGAAGUCCUAACUGGUGUUAUAAUUGUCACUGUCACUGUUACGGUUGGUCCAACAUCAAGUUCCAUGUCGACUUACACCACCCUUGGUCCAUUGACAACUACUGAAACUGUUACUUUUACCUCGUCUGUUGAUUCUGAAGCUGUCACAUCCUCCAGUACAUCUCCAAGUGACGGUUCUUCAGUCACAGGAGGAAACGAUGAAGUUAUGUCUACAAGUUAUAUUACUACUACUGCUGAAACAACCACUAUCAUUACCACUACGCACUGUGCUCAUGAUGGAUGUCACAAGACGACAAUUCCAACAGGUGUUUAUGUUACCACCAUCACUAUCAGUGAAGUUGAAACUGUUUAUACUACAUGGUGUCCAAUUACCCAAACAGAGACAGUAAUUAUGUCCAGCGGUGGAUCUACUACUAUAAAAUCAACACCAUCUAUUCCAGGAACUGAAACUACAAGUGAAUCAUCUACUGAAUUGAGCACUUCAUUUGUGACUACCACUGCUUUCAACUCCACUAGUUCAGUACUUCCAUCUACUGGAUACAACUCUUCUGUUGCUUCAACUCCAGAUAGUGAAUCCUUGAUUUCCAGUUCAACAAUUCCAUCAAGUGGAUAUAAUGCUUCAACAUCUUUUGUCACUACGACUGAAGAGCAAUCCGGUUCUUAUUUGUUGCCAUCAAGUGGAUUUAAUGCUUCGACUUCCUUUGUCACUACUACUGCUCACAACUCCUCUUCCUCUAUUGUCCCAACCGAAUUGAGUUCCGCAUCUGUUAGAAGUUCAUCAAGUCAUGGUCCAUACAACACCACCGAGUUGUUAUCAUCAACGUCUGAAUUUGAAAGUUCUACCUUGUAUGUGACAACAACUAGUGCUAUUUCAUCGGAAUACAUUUCUUUGAAUUCCAGUUUCAGCUUCGAGUAUCCAAGCUCAAGUGAAGUUCUUUCUUCUUCUGGUUUUGCCUCCUUGAAUUCCAGUAGUAGUAUAUUGCCAUCUUCCGUUGAAAGUCAAACUUCUUCCGGUUAUCCAUUAUUCAACACCAGCACCACUGUUCUCACUACAUCAUCUGGUUUCAGUUCAGAAUUCCCAUCAUCAGAGAUCACUUCCUCUAGCUAUGAAAGUGAGUAUCAUAGUGCACCUUCGUCUGUAACCCAUUAUAACUCCACCACAGGCAUUACUUCAAGUACUUUUUUGACUGGGUUUAAUGAAUCUUCCGUGAUUAGUUCAACUAUCGAUGAAUCCAGUAUUGAAUCUUCUGCUAAUAUUGUGUCAAGCACAGUGACCGACGAAUUGUCAACUUCAUAUUUUACUCACACUGCUCAUACCACCACUGUUAUUACCACUACUGAAUGUUCUGAACAUAUCUGUAGUUCUACUCACAUUACUACUGGUGUAACUGUUAUCACUGUAACUACUGAAGAAGUCGUCACCGUUAUUACCACAUAUUGUCCAUUGACGUCAACAGAAACUAUUGUGACCACCACAACUAAUGCUGAAGAAUCUAGUGGCUACCAAACUUCUGGUUCUGAGUUGACUGAAGUUUCCUCCAAAUUUGAAUCAACGACAGCUCCAACUGGUUCUGUAUUUUCUGAAGAAUCUACCGCUUAUCAAUCAUCUGAAGAGUCUACUUUAGUCCCAUCUGGUUCUGAAUCAUCUAAUUUCUCAUCCACAUUUGGUGAAUCUUCAGCUGGUUCUGCCGAAUCUCUGGAUUCCACUUCUAAAUUCUCGAGUGAGUAUUUGACAUCAAGUUCGGAAUUUGUUACUUCAAACACAGAUGGAUCAUCAAGUGGAUUUGCUACUUCAAGUACUGAAUCAGGAGAAUCAUCAAAUACUGAGACUUUCUCCAGUGAACUGGACAUUACUUCAUCAUCAUUUGUUUUACCGUCUAGUGUCUUUUCUUCAUCAUUUGGAUACAACAGUAGUACUUCGGCUUCAAGUUAUUCAGAAUUUAGUUUCAAUGUACUUCAGUCUUCUACAUCCGUUGAAUCUGAAUCAUCUACUUAUCCAACCAAUGUCUCUUCAGAAGUAGAAUCAUCUAGUCAUUUAUCUGAGGUUUCUUCUUCGGAAUUUGAAUCUUCGAUUUUUCCUUCAUUUACUGAAUCAUCAUCUGCAGAAGCAUCGAGCUUUACUUCUUCAGUUGAAUCAUCCACAAGAACCACUUCUACUUUUGAAUCUACUUUCCCUUCAACUGAUGUUUCCACCUCAUCGGAUAUAGAAUCUUCUUCAUCUAUUGAAUUUACUACCGGAUCGUCUACUGGAUCUAGUUUCAUUAAACCAUCAUCCAUUGAAUCAUCUUCUGUAUCGUCUAAUGUGUCUUUGGUUGAAUCUUCUGCUUCUUCUUCAAGUUUAUUUUCAACCCAUCCACACCCAUCAGUGUUUUCUCCGUCUUCAACUGCAUCUAGUGUUGGUCCUUCUUUGUCAUCAACUACAUACAGUGCUAGUCCAUCUUCAUCUAUUGAGUCUUCCUUGAAAUUAAGUUCAACUACUGAAUCUAGUUUUGUUUCAUCAUAUGGCUCUACUACAUCCACCGGGUCUUCUUCUUUAGAAUCUAGCAGCUUUGCUUCAUCAAGUUCAUCAAGUUCAUCAAGUUCAUCAAGUUCAUCAAGUUCAUCAAAUUCAUCAAGUUUUGAAUCAUCAGAAUUAAGCUUGUCUUCAUUUUCAUCUUCCACAUUAGUUUCUUCUAUUACAUCUGAUGAAUCAUCUGGUUUGUUGAGUACUUCCACAGAUACAUAUACGGUCUCACUGACUACAACCUUGACUGUCACUAGUUGCUCCGAAAAUAGUUGUGGACAUCAUACAAUUACAACUGGUGUCACAGUUGUCACCCUUACUGAAUCUGAAACUAUUACUACGUAUACUACUUAUUGUCCAACUAAAGGUAUCAAGAUUUUCAAACACAAAGGUGGUUUCGCCUGUGCAACACCUACUUUCUUCGGAUUUGGUAAAGGAAAGAGAGAUACGAUGUAUGAAGAAUCCGAAUCCUUGACUAGUCUCCUUUCUACUAGUGUCGAAGCCACUGCAACUCCAGAAGUUUCCAGUUAUGAAGGGUUUGCUAGAAGAAACUUACCAGCUGGUGGAUUAAUCUCAGGAUUUGCCGUUGUUUUAUUUAUGCUUAUUUAA